AUGUGUUCCGAACAACACAUUGAAUUAGCAGCACAAGCUGCGAGGGAUGGAAUUGUCCUGCUAAAAAAUAAUGAUGAUACUUUACCCUUGAAGUCUGAUACGAUCAAAACCUUAGCUAUGGUUGGUCCUCAUGCUAACGCUACAAAGGCUAUGAUUGGAAAUUAUGCAGGAAUUCCAUGCCGAUAUUUCUCUCCUAUUGAUGGGUUUUCGACAUAUGCAAAAGUGAGUUAUGCAAUUGGAUGCGUCGACGUUGCUUGUAGGGAUGACAAAUUGGUAUUCCCAGCAAUGCAAGUUGCACAGGAAGCUGAUGCUACUAUAAUAGUAGCUGGUAUUGACUUGCCUGUUGAAGCAGAAACCAGAGAUCGGGAGGAUCUCCUCCUUCCUGGUUACCAAACUGAACUUUUCAACAAUGUUGCGAAUGCUGCCAAAGGUCCAAUUAUUCUCGUAAUCAUGUCAGCAGGAGGAAUAGAUAUCACUUUCGCUAAAAACAAUGUCAAUAUCAAAGCCAUUUUGUGGGCUCGAUACCCUGGAGUAGAAGGUGGUCGGGCCAUUGCAGAUGUUGUUUUCGGAAAAUACAAUCCUGGAGGAAGACUACCACUUACUUGGCAUCAAACAGAUUUUGUUGAUCAACUACCAAAGACAUCUCUACAUUUUAUAUAG